AUGAAGGGUUUCGGCCUGACCGGAGCGCAAGGCGAUGCCUCGGUGAAUCAUUGCUACCGUACACUUCAUUUCCCGUGGCCUCCUGGGUGUCGCAAGCCAUACCUGGCCCGACGGUGGCAUGACAUCGCCGAUGGUCUCAUCCAACCGCGUCCCGCCAAGAAGCCAUUCCAGUUCUGUCGAAAGGCCAUACGAUGCAGUGGCGCUUACAGUCUGUACAUGUUACCGCACAGCAUCGCCGCUGCCGUUCAUACGCCUGAGGUCGUCCGUAACAUUGACAAGGUGGGGUGGGGUGUUGACAGCGGUGAGGGUAGAAGCUCAAGUCGACCAACAAGCGCCGCUGCUACUGCUAAAGCACGUUCGAGGCUGUCACUGUGUCAAUAUCGAUGUAGCCCGGCGUGGUUCCAGCUCUGCAAAGAUUCAAAGCGAGCUGCGGCGAAGGAGCUACUGGCCCAUAGUAUGAAGGACACCAUGCCCAGCGACGAGAACAUGACGAAUGCGAUGGAGAGCGUUGGCCGUGUAACUAAAAGGGUCGGGGACAAUGCUUGGAGCCGUGGACAGAGGGGUCCAAGAUCCGGUCAUCUGGACGGUGGAAACUCGUCCAGGAGACGUGAGGAAACGAGAAAGGGAAGCCGCGCGGGAGAAGACAUCUCCUACCGGCGCUACAGAGUGCUUCGAGGACGUCGAUCGGUGAUAAAGUCACCCACCCCCCCUGGCCCGUGCCUUCUCCGCGAAUGCACAACCCACGCCACAAUACGGGUUGCAACUGCCAACUUGACCCAACUGGCUGCCCGGGGCCUUCUUCAGCGACUGAGGAUGGCGGGCAAUUCCUAUGAGAUAGUCAUACUAUCCUCGAGUCCGCCUGCUGCUGAGCUGUACGCCCCAUCCUCCCCGCCCAAUGGCUAUCCUGCUACGAGACGCGUCGCAAUGUCACCAUCCUCCCAUCUAGCAUUCUCUCCGCCCGUCAGUCCGAGGAGACGAAUCGCCGGCGCGUCCAAGACCAACCUACGUGCUGCCCCCAUCCCCGACGGCGCCGUCAGGGGGUUCGCCACGGUUAAUAGCCUCAUUCGCUCAGAGCACUUCGCAAACCAGCUGUACGACAACUUGACUGAGGGACAGCACGCGCAAUCACGUCGAGGGUCGCUAGAGGCUGCAGAAGGAGAUGUUCCAGCUUCGAAGAAACCUCGCGGGCGCCCUACGAAGAAGUCGACAGCGGGCGACAGCGACAAAACGAAGCCCAAGCCCAGGCGGCGGAAAGCGACGGCGGACAAAGCCAACACCGCCUGCGACCCAGAGCUCCGACUCCCAGCGUCUACAAAAUCCCCUUUCUUUGCGGAACAAGACACAGAGCCACAAAUUGAGCCCCAGAACGAAACUGCAGAAAUCACACCGGGACUCACAAAGUCGGGCAAGCCGCGAAAGCCGCGCGCAAAGAAGCAGAAAGCCGAGAGUGCCGAGACGGCACAAGAACCAAAGCUGAAGAAACCAAGAGUUACAAAAGUAAAGGCGGCUGCGAAAGACGGGAAGCUGCAGCGGGAUGAUGCGUCGCUCGUAUCUGCACAUUUCCGCGACAAUGCGAACAGGGGCGAGGAUCAGGCUGCAAAUGAGCUCGGAACACUCAAAUCGGUGGAGGCCCAGAAUAUGGAUGUUGAGAGUACAUCAACAUGGGAGGUACCGCCAAGUCCACAACCGAAGAACAAGGCUCCUUCGAAAAAGCGGCCGUCAAAUCCCAUGGAGGAGGCACUGCAUCUAGAAGAAGCCGUAGCGCGAAGACGAGAUUGGACGCCACCACCGCAGGAUACUGCAGUCAUCACCCCGUUCACAGAUUCAGUCGGGAAAGAAAACAAACACUCGGCGCAGGACACUAAUGGUACCUUUACCCAUAUGCUCUCCAACUUUGCCUAUGCACAAUCACCAUCUGCGCCAACUAUGGUAGAAGCUGCGGGCUCAAUUACAAAAUCUAUGGGUUUAACGAAGCGACGACGAGUCGAGCUCGUCGAAGUCCCUAGCAACCAGACUAAUUCAAGAAACUCAUCGCCUGAGAAGGGCAAAGCGCCCAAGAAGAAGGUACGCACAAUCACGGACCUGGUAACCGGACAAUACGGCCCCAAAGAUCCAAAUUUCGAUCCACAAGCCAUGACCAGCGACUUCUUUCAGCUUCGAACUACCGCAACAAAAGUGCCGUUGAACGAUACCUCUGCGCUGGACGCCGAUGCACCACCCAAAAAAGCGCCUCACAAGCGUUCAAAAUCCAAAUCUGAUACCGAGAAUACUAAGACGAAUGCGAGAGCUAGAAAGACGACCGCCAAGGUUCCUAAGCCUAAGGCAGUUGCAGAGAAGCUGCUCAGUCCGACAUCUGCAGUACAGCGCCUGGGUAGACAGGAUGUUCUAUUCGGGACUUCGAGUCAACUUGCACUCGAGGAAUCGCCGACGAUGGUGCGCCAAUUGCAGCUAGCACUCAAAGAAUCUGAACAUGACGCAGAAGCGCCGCCCAGUUUUCUCUUGCCAGCACCACCACGAUGGCCAAGGCUCGGAAAAGUAAUCGGUACAAGGGGACUAUGGGCUGCGAGUACUAGAGAUGACGAGGGCGGUAUGCUUGAGCACGUGGGUGAUGUGUACAUUCCAGAGCCUGACCGGACUCAAGACAUCCCAUUGCUCAUGGAUAGCACACGUGAUGAGUCUGACGCUGCUACCUUCCUUGAUAUCGAUGACCUUAAUUCUGCACCAGCAAUCCUUAUAUCAUCCGAUCUCCCUACACCUCCACAUGCCACGUCUCGGGGCUCCCAGACUGUCGAAUCAGGGGUUGCUGAUCAUUCAAUCAAGGAUGUUGUGUUCGAGGACAUUCAAGGCUUCGAGCAGGAGCCACCACCCUCGAACCAGAAUGUCGACUCUGAGAUCAGCUUUGCAGACAUUGACGAUUUCGACUUCCCGCCGUCAGCGCAGCUGCGCAUGUCUCCGUCACCAAAGUUGAGGCCGCCAGCGUCAGCGACCGCUGACGAGAGUUCUAAGAGGCGCCAUGGGAGAACUCCUAAAGCAGCUAUGCUCAAAGGAGCGUCCUCGCAACCCGAGGCGAUAGCGAUGACGCCAUCCAAAUCAUCGAGUCGCUUCAUUGACAUCGAAGAGAUCCUCGACUCCGAAGACGAAGCCCUCGAAGCCCUAUCUCCCACACCACCCCGCAAACGCAACUUUCAAGAUCUAACACCCUUGCCGCUAUUCUCUUUAGAUCCCUCGCCUGUGAAAGCUCCCUUGAAACCUAGCACCAACACCCUAGCCCACACGCCCGUCUUCCGCAUCGAUACCUCCAAUCUCCAAUGGGUACAUAUCAAAACAGAGAUCUUCAACCAAAUAACCACACACAUCCGCGCGAUCCCACCAACAAAUAAUCCCAAACAACCCAGCUGGCAUGAGAAAAUUCUCAUGUACGAUCCUAUUGUGCUCGAGGACUUCACUGCGUACCUAAAUGCACAAACCAACAUCCGCACUUACAGGAGAGCGACGCAGAAGCAGAUCAAGGCUUGGAACCAGAUGUUAAAGGGUGAUGGGCAAUCAAUCUUGAGUGUCGAUGAGAGCGGCGAUGAGGUCCUUGCGAUUGAGAAAGAGUUGGAAGCCUAUAUGGCGCAGGGGUGGUGUGAGAGUAUGAGUGUUUGUUGCAUUUGGGGGGAGGGAAGGGGCAAGGGGGGAGCUAGGAAGGGACUCUAUUAG